AUGGCAGCAGUAGAGGUUCGGAAAGUUCUCUUUUCCGCAGGGCUGAGCUCUCCUCGACGCACUCAACGCCACGGAGCGAAUGAUCUGCGCGAGUCGAAUCAGAGGCGCAAGGGAGUGGAAGCAACACUGAACUACCACAAAGACAACGAGGAUGGAUCACCUCCGCAUCCUACAUAUGUUGACAGGCCAGAGACAUAUGACCGGCCAUUUGAAUCCCAUUCUGUGACGAUCAGCGACCUCACAGGCGAUGAAGAGGAGUUUUCUCUCGACAUAAAUGGGUUUCAAAUCCAUCACAGCUGGUCGACUGAAAAGCAGUUUCAAGACGAUGAUCAGAUCAGGUCGUCCUACUACGCCGAAGUUGAAGAACUUCUGAAAGCGGUCUACCUGGCACAGCAGCACAAGGACGACCAGCUCGCGGACCCGUGCAAAGAGUUCAUAUUGAUCAAUCUUACAAGGCCGCUCUUUCCCGGGUUCCUUACCACCUCCCAGAUGAUGCCGAUAAGUUGCUCAAAGGUCGAGUACAAAUCAUCAACGUUUGGAGGCCCAUCAAAACAGUUCAACGAGACCCACUCGCCAUUGCGGACGCCAGGUCUGUCGCCGAGUCAGAUCUAG